UUUGUUGUCUACCUUUUCUUUUUCCUACAUUUUAUAAAACUGUAGAAAUAACUAUAUUUAAUAGUAGCCAUAUGCUAAUAUAAUAUAUAUUUAAUAGUGAAUUUUCCUAAGUGUUUUACAGUUACAUAGAACUGUUAUUUAAUAAUGAACAUUGUCAACAACUCAGGUAAUCGUCAGAAAGCUACAAACGAUGAUUUUCAAGUUGUUCGAAUGGGUCGAUACAAGGUUCCUCAAUGGCCUAAAAAAGAUCAUUUAAAUCCUAGUCAUCGUCGUCCAAACUUUUCUAAUACUAGCACUUCAUCCUAUGUCGGUCAAAUAUAUUCUGCUUUUAAAAUUGAUAAAACACCAAAUACUCCUGCAGUUAUCACAGGAACGCCUGUGUUAAGAUCUCAUAUUGCUUCAUCAUCUCAUCAGUCAACUAUAAAUGACAGCGAUAUGGAGAAAUUGUUUAACACAAAAUUAUAUGAUCGAGAAACGUCGAAAAAUAUUAUUCAUCAACAAGUUGUCGAUAUGGUGACUAAUAGUACCCCACAUAAUUUUUUAAUACCGCAGACAUCGUUUGAUCAAGUGCCCAAUUUUUCUGGUCCGAAAAACAAAAAUAAGCCGAACAAUACCAGUAUAAAACCUACAUCAUCUACCAUUACAUCAAAAUUGUCAGAAAGUACUAAAAAUAUCAUAAAUAAUAGUGUAAUAAUUGUUUUGACUGAAGGAAGGUGUUCUUCUCAAGGAACAGUUGGAUUGGCAUCAAUAGAUCUUAAAAGGCCAGUCAUAACACUUAGCCAAAUAAAUGAUACACAAAACUAUGUAAAUACAAUUACAAAGAUAAAUGUUUUAAAUCCAGCUGAGAUUGUUGUACCAGAUACAUUUAUGGAAAUGACUCAAGGAACUGUUAUGUAUAAUUUGAUAAAAGAUCAAUUUCCUUCGAGUACUAUGGUAACAGCAUUAAGAAAACAUUUCUGUAGUAAUCAAGGAAAAGUAUAUUUAAAGAAUGCGGUUUUAUCGGAGUGUUUGUCAGUUUUAGAGCAAACCUUAACUAAAUAUUAUGCGUUGGCUGCUGCGGCGGCUUUGUUUAAAUAUAUUGAAUUUCAACACAAUACAAUUUUUUCAUCAAACACUUUACAACUAGAAUAUGUUGGAGUUGAAAAAUCAAUGUUUAUUGAUGCAAAUUCAGCAUUGAGACUUGAAUUAGUGAUAAAUAAUUUGACAAGAAGUUCAAAAAAUACCUUAUAUGAUGUAUUAAACUAUUGUAGUACUUUCGGUGGUAAGCGUAGACUUAGGGCUUCUAUUUUACAACCUUCAAGUGAUAUUCAAUUUAUAUUUAAACGUCAAAUGGCCGUUGAAGAAAUUAGAGAGGUUGAAGAAGGCGAUUUAAAUUUAUUAACAAAAACAGUUGAAAAGUUCUCUGACGUAGAAAAAUUAUAUUGGUUAUGUACCAAAGUACCCAAAGACAGCUUGAGUAUGUCAAAAUUACAAGGAAAUUACACAUUAUUAUUAAAAUCUGCUUUGGACGCAUUGCCUACGCUUGUCAAUAUGUUGAAACCGUUCCAAUCUGAAAUUUUAUUAGAGAUACAUAAGGUAUUAUCUAACAAAGAAUAUUCAAAAAUGCUCGAAAUUAUUGAAAUCACUAUAAACAAUGAAUCUAUUAGAUCUAGAGGAUAUUCUCAAUCGCAAUUUCAAAGAUGUUUUGCCAUUAGAUCUAACCUAAAUAUCCAAUUAGAUCUUUACCGAACAACAUAUUCUAAGUUAAUAAGUCAGUUUCAAGAUAAUGUAUAUGAAUUGGGUGAACUAUUUAUGACCGAUGGUUUAAUUAUGAAUAAUUCUGCAAAUAGAGGAUUCCACGUUCACUUAUAUUUAAAAAACGCCGGACGAUUUGAUGUUAAUAAACCCCCGAGUAUAUGUAAAAAUGUAGAAAAAACUAAAACCUUCAUUAAAUUUACAACCACAGAAUUACUAGAGCUUAACUAUCGCAUAAAUCAAACGCUGAAUGAAAUAGAAGCGCUAACUAAUGAAAUUUUGUAUGAAAUGUUACAAGAAUUAAGAAAAUACAUUGGACGUGUUUAUGAUUUAUGCAAUAGUAUUGCAGAUUUGGAUUUAAUUUUAUCAUUUGUGAAAUUCAGUAAACGAUCUGGAUUGUGUAGACCAACGUUUGGACAAAACAUUGAUGUUGUUAAUAGCAAACAUCCUAUAUUACAGUUAGUUUGCGAAGCAGUAGGAAAUGAUGUCUUUGGAUCAUCAGACAAAAAUUUGAUAAUAAUAACUGGACCGAAUAUGGGCGGAAAAAGUAUUUAUAUUCGACAAAUAGCUUUAUUACAAAUAAUGGCUCAAAUUGGUUGCUAUGUUCCGGCUACAAAAGCUCAAUUUCGGAUUUGUGAUAGAUUGCUCACAAGACUAACUUUUAGUGAUAGUAUUGAAACAAACGCUUCUACUUGGGUUCUAGAAAUAAAGGAAAUAAAUAGUUUUUUUCAAGCAAUUACAAAUCACAGCCUAGUAAUUAUUGACGAAUUAUGUCGAGGUACAACGUCAGAAGAAGGAUCUAGUUUAGCUUGGGCCAUCUGUGAACAAUUGAUGCAAUCGCGUGCUAUUAUUUAUGUAGCCACUCACAGCGUUCUUCUAACAAAGUUAAAUAAUAUUUACUGCAAUGUUGAAAACUUUUGUAUGGAAGCAUUAUUAUCAUCAGAUUCGGCUAGUGGGCUUGAAUAUACAUACAAAUUAAAGCCUGAAGUAACACCUAUCAGUCACUAUGGAUUAGCAUUGGCAAGAGAUUUAAAUUUUCCUCCCUUUUUAGUAGACUAUGCUGCUGAAAUAGAAGAAUGUUUGUAUAACUCCGAAGCAGAGUUGCCGGAUUACCCUUCAAACGAAGUCGAUAGAGCAAUGGAUAAUUUAGUCAUUGAAUUUUUACGUUUAAAAGAUAUUGAACACAUUGAUGCAGAUAUUAUUAUAAGUCUUACGAAAAAGAUGUUAGAGGAUUUAGAAAACAAUAGCGAUAUUACUUCUGACAAAUGCGAAUCAUCAUAUCUAUCAACUCAAAAUGUAGUAUCAUUUGCUCCUAUUCAACACUUGGGAACGUUUGAAAAUGAUAUAAAUGUAAAUAAGUCUGAAGAAAUUUAACUUUAAAAAUGUUACUAGAGUAUUACUUGCUUUAGAGUUUUUGAUAAUUUCAAUUGAUUAUAUAAAAACUCAACAUUAUUUUAUUAAU